CCGCCUAGAAAAACUUAAAAGACAUCGCGAGAGUAAGGAAGUGACACAUAGACGGUGACAGCGGUACGGGUCCUGUCCGGUUAAAGCAGUUUAAUGGCUAAAGUAGAGAUCGCUCCUUUGAGAUCCUGGGAUGAUUUCUUUCCAGGUUCAGAUCGCUUCGCCAAACCUGACACGCGAGAUUUGGCGAAAUGGAACAACAGAGUAGUCAGCAAUCUUUUGUACUAUCAAACAAACUAUCUGCUGAUGGCGAUCAUUGUUUUUAUGGUCGUAGGGUUCUUAUAUCCCGUAAGCAUGAUUACAGGUUUAGCAGUAGUGGCUUCAGUCUUCAUGGGCUCUGUAUGGGCAGGUGAGAACAAGGCAAGGAUCAAGAGCUUCAAGAAAGAGAACCCUACCUUAUUUGUUUUCCUUGUCAUGGUGGUGAGCUACCUCCUCAUCUCACUCUUCGGUGGAGUUAUGGUGCUACUGUUUGGGAUCAAGCUACCAAUUCUCUUGAUCUUCGCACAUGCCUCACUCCGCCUCCGUAACAUGAAAAACAAACUGGAGAAUAAGAUGGAAAGUGCAGGACUCAAAAAAACACCCAUGAGUAUCAUACUUGAUGCACUGGGCCAGCAAGAAGAAAGCCUCAGUAAGAUUCAAGGCAUUCUGGAGAACACACUCAAGGAGUGAACUUUAAAAAACGGAGAUGUUUACUCCUUUUUGAGGUUCUCAUAAAUAAAUGAACUGUUUUCAGCGCAAACUGGCACAAUUUAUAAGAUCUAUUAUGUUUUCUCCAACAUGCAUGAUACAUACAAACAUUCAAAAUAUGUGUAUUUAAAAAAACAGAAUGGGAAACUGUAUUUUUCAAGCACAGAUUGUUUACAUCUCCGUUCACGUAGUCCAUAGGUCAAACAUUUGUGAAUACUUUUUUACAUUUAUUUCUCUGUGCUGUGAAAAAUAAAAAUGUUUAGAUGUGUCAUGAGAAAGUCAUUUCUUUUUGUAGCCUGAAGGAAGUGUUGCUUUAGUGUCAUCAAACACAUUUUAUAUCCAAAGUAUUAAGUAUAACGUGACAAAAAAGUCAUUGGUUUCAUGCGAUAUCCAAAUGUUUGCAGUGUGAUGUGCACAACUUUUGCACAAUAAUGUAUAAUGUUUGAGUCUACUGAGUUUUCAAUUAUGGUUAUCACCUUAAAGGCGGAGUCCAUGAUGUUUGAAAGCCAAUGUUGAUAUUUGAAAUCACCUAAACAAACACGCCCCUACCCCAAUAGAAUCUGGACCUUCUGUUGAUAGACCCGCCCCACACAUACGCAACCCGGCAUUUGAUUUGAUUGGCUAUAAGUGUGUUUUGGUAGUCGGCCCGUCUCCUUUUCCAACGCGUUUUUCAAACAUCGUGGACUCCGCCUUUAAGCCCUCAAGGUACAAGAGGUCUCUCAAUCUUUGUGAUAUUUGUUGUAUUUCCAGUAAUUACUGUAACUUACAAUAAGUGAACCUCGUUUUUGUGUGAUUUACUCCUAGAUAAUGCAAAGAACUCUCUGUGAAAAAUAACCUUGAUAUCUUGAAUAUUUACUGAGUAAGGUUGCGUCAAAGAUCAAUGUGAAAUCUAACUUUGCUACUCCUAAUCUCAAAAUUAGACAAUAAGCCUGGAUUUUACAGACAAGUUCACAUAUGUAUACAAAUCUAUGCAAAAGAUAUUGAUAAUAAAGCCAUAUUUUGUUCCA